CGCUCUACCUGCCAGGUCACAUGGUGGUGGAGAUUUCUUUGGUGGAGGACAACGUCUUUAAAGGAAUGCACAACUUACCAUUAGCCAUCCUGGUUCAAAUUCCAUAGCAUAUUGCAUUUUGAUGGCUGGACCAGGCCCUUUCUGGCAAUCGAACUUGCAUUUUGUACCAUCUCGCUUCCGCGAAGCAAACGUAAAGUGAGAGCAUGGCAGGCAGUUUCUAUGAGCACCCGCCGUUAGCAUUUGCCUCAAUUGCGGUCGGAAUGCUUAUCACGGGCGUGAUCACGAUGAAUUUGCGAGACUUGUGGGAGGUAACGGACUUCCACUAUCCAGUCCAUUGGGUUUGGAUGUCGCAAGUUGGAUACAGCUUGGCAUGGAUUGCGCACCGUCUGACAAAACACACGGAUCCUGGUUGCGUGCCGUCCACGAUGGGCCUCCAGAAAGGAAUGGGUAUCCAUCAGAAGACUUAUAUUAUCGCCAUGAUCCUGGAUGCCAUGUCCAUGGUCUGUGCCCACGAGGCAAUGGGCUCCAUUAGCGCAGCCAUUGUCCAGAUGAUGCGGAGCACGAAGCUCAUCAUUGCCUUCUUCAUCACAACGGUGGUCAUGCAGAAGAAGCAGCUGCCGCGGGAGCGCGCGGGAGUACUCCUCGUGCUUCUAGGGGUCGUCGUGGUAGUUUACGGCAGCGUCAUUCCAGCCAAUACAUCAUCGGCGGGGCUUGACGGCAGUGGAUCCAGUAAGUGGUUUGCUUUGUUGCUUUGCUUCGUGGCGGAGCUCUUCAAUGUAGCAUUCUACCUCUAUCAGGACCACACUUCAAAGAAAUACGACCUGCCUGCCUUCCACACUGUUGGAGUGAUGGGCAUGUAUGGUGUCAUCGUCUUCUCCGUCGUCCUUGUGAAUCUCAACAUGGCUAACAUUGAGAACUCAUUUCAUGCCUUCGACCGGUUCACUCAUUCUUGGCCUGUUGCGCUCUCGUCCAUCGGCUACAUCAUCCUUCUCUGCGUCUAUGAGAUCUGCGGCGUGGUUGUGUCGAAACAGGGCUCAGCCAUCCUGAGGGCCCUCAUCGAUGUAUCGAGAGGGGCUCUCAUAUGGGCGGUCGAGCUCUAUUGCGGGUGGGUCCAAUUUGAGGCGUUGCACGGGAUUGGCUUCGCGAUCAUCAUCUGUGGCACGCUCGUGAACACCGGCAUCAUCCACCUGGCCGUCUUGGAUCCAGGGCCCGAGGGUAAAAGCCUGGUCGAAGAUCGGCAGCAGUCUUGAGCGCAGCUAUCUCGGCGCAAUAGUCUUUGUCGAACCAAGCUGGCAACGCCGCUGGUAGCAUUCGAGCAUUCAAGAUAAUCAGUUGAGUCAUAAUAAUGGACCCACCCAAUGCAGGCCUACGUGCAUUGAAAGGGAGACGCCUUUUGCUGGCAACCUUCCCGCGUAAGGGCAAUAAUCCAAUAAAUCCGAAGUGUCCAUUGGGAUUGGACACGGUGCUCUGUUGAGGAAAAGUAUGUUAGACUUAUCUUUUUGCACUUUCUCUGUGGCCAUCUACGGAGUACGGCCCCAGACCCUCCUCCUGCUCCUCCUCCUGCUCCUCCUCCCCCUCCUCCUGCUCCUCCUCCUCCUCUAUGGCCUUCCUCCCUUCUAUCCCCAAGUCCCCCCCUCGAUCCCCCAAGGGCGCAACGAAGAAGGCCACCCGAUUUUCCUUUAGCUCGCCGACGAGCCAAGUGAGCGUUUCACUGAAGACCAUGGCGGGCCACGCUCAGAGUGACCAGCCACCCUCAGAGGAGGAAAAGGUACCCAUAACUCCCCACACA